AUUUAUUUAAAAUUAACUAAGUUAAAUCAAACGUUUUUAACUUUUUAACAAAUAAUUUUACUUAUUUUAGUAAAUUUAUAUUGCAAACAUUUUACGAAUGUUUUUAAUCAUGAAUAUUAUAGUUGCAUAAUAAUUGUUUGGAAAGUGUGUUUGGCGCGACAAGGAUAUCUUACAUCUCUAAGUGUGAAACUGGUUUGACUACUUUAGACUCACUCAGGUAUGCUACUAUAUUUUCAUCUAUAAGUUAUCUGUCUGCUGUAUUCAGGUCUAAAUAAUACUGCGCGUAAAAUGUAUAGAAAUAUAAAAAUUUUUAAAUAUCAAGAUGUUAAAUGGAAUAUCAGUCGGACAGUGAAUUCUUUAGUUGCUUGCAUUGAGCCUCAAUUAGCAGUUAUAGUGAAAGCUGGUACAUGGAAAAACGAACGCAUAAUUGUUUCACCUCAACGAACGGAGAUCGUAUUAUCAAAUGGGAGAAAAGCACUUAAUUUUUGUGCCAACAAUUACCUGGGUCUAGCGGAUAAUAAGGACGUUAUUAAUGCAGCAAAGAUUGCACUCGAUAGAUACGGUGUAGGUUUAAGUUCCGUCAGAUUUAUAUGUGGAACACAGGAAAUACAUGUCGAAUUGGAAAGGAUGCUUGCCAAGUUCCAUGGUAGGGAAGACACGAUACUCUAUGGGUCCUGUUUCGACGCAAAUGCUGGUAUCUUUGAAACUUUGUUAACUACCGACGAUGCGGUGGUGAGCGAUGAGCUAAAUCAUGCAUCUAUCAUCGAUGGAAUACGAUUGUGUAAAGCAAAAAAAUACAGGUACAAACAUAGAGAUGUGAUGGAUUUGGAAAAUAAGCUUCAAGAAACCAAGUCAGCACGUUUACGCCUUAUUGCAACCGACGGAGUAUUUUCUAUGGAUGGUACCGUCGCACCGUUGUCGAAGAUAAUCGAGCUCGCUAAGAAGUACGAUGCUAUCACAUUCGUAGAUGAUUGCCAUGCCACUGGAUUUUUUGGCAAAACCGGCAGAGGUACAGAAGAGUAUUUUGAUCAUCUAGGAGACAUUGACAUUAUUAACUCUACAUUAGGAAAAGCUCUUGGAGGUGCGGCUGGUGGCUAUACGACCAGCAAGAAAGAGAUUAUAAGUUUGCUAAGACAAAGAAGCAGACCAUAUCUGUUCUCGAAUUCGGUACCCCCGCCUGUUGUUGCAUCAGCAAUUAAGGUGAUGGAUCUUAUAACGGACAGUACAAAAUUUUUGGAUCGUUUAGCAGGCAAUACUGAGCAUUUCAGGAAUGCGAUGAUCUCUGCUGGCUUCACUAUCAGCGGUGAUAAUCAUCCUAUCUGUCCUGUUAUGCUAGGUGAUGCAAAAUUAGCAACAACAUUUGCAGAUAAAAUGAUGGAAAAAGGAAUUUAUGUCAUUGGGUUUAGCUAUCCUGUAGUGCCGAAAGAUAAAGCAAGAAUACGUGUUCAGAUUAGCGCAGCGCACACAACUGAAGAUAUAGAUCGUGCUGUGAAUGCUUUCAUACAGAUUGGAAAAGAACUUGCAGUAAUUUAAUAAAUAUAUUUUCGAUAACGGCACAAAAACUGAGUAAUCCAAUCUAUCUUCAAUAUGUAUAAUUUUAUUUCAUUAUAUAAAUAAAUAAAUUAUAAUGUUAACGC